AUGGAUUUGGAUGCCAAUAAGGUGAUCAACUGUUCGGUCCACAAGGAUUUCAUCUAUUUCAGGAUGUUCAAGUUUGUCUUAUCACUAUCAGAGAAGAAGUUGAAGAAUACCAAAACACGGAUGAAUGAAAUUGGACCACAGAUGACACUUAGGUUGUACAGAUUCACAGAAGAAGUGGAGGGAAAGAAAGCUGUGAAACACUACAAGAAAUACAUCAAGAAUAGGAAUCUGUUGUAG